AUGCUGGUGAGGCUAAUGCCGUCAAGAGGUCGCAGGAGGUCGGGACAUCAUCCUGGAAGCCCUCCGGUCAGGCGACGACCAUCCCCGACCUUGCACCCGGCCAGGAGAGUUCACGGCGUUGAACCGAUCGGCGGCAGAGGCAUGCAAUAUGCCAAAUCAUGCAACCUUAUUCGUCUACCCCAUCCCGGACCGGAGGGGAAGGAUAAGUCCAAACAUUGCGCUUAUCACCGUUGCGCCGGGCAUGAUACGGAGGAAUGCACACAUUUAAAACAGCCGUUGGAGGAUUUGCUUCAGUUGGGCAAGUUAGAUAAAUGUGUUGGCAAAAGAGAAGAGAGCAAGAGAGCAACCGAUCGGCAAGAUCACAGACGUUCCCAUCAUCGUUCAAACCCAUCGGAUCAGGACCGCAGAGAUCCUGAUCCUCAAUCUAGCAGCCGAUCGGCGUCCAAACCGACCAUUCAUGUUAUAUUUGGAGGUUUGGAAGAUGCUUCCCGACCUCGGGAAAGUUGCUCGGUUGCGAUCGUAGAUUCCCGUGGCACCGGGAAGAGGCAAAAGAUGGAGCCCAUCACCUUCUCUCUGGAAGACCAACCGGAAAGCGGAGACCAUGGGAUGGAAGCCCUCGUGGUCACGAUUGAUAUUAUGGGGACCUAUGUCCAAAGAGUAACGGUGGACACCGGGAGCAGCGUGAACGUCCUUUAUUUGGACGUGUUCAAGAAGCUGAAAUUGGACAAGCGAGAGCUGAUUCCGGUCGGCGUACCCUGGUCAGGAUUUACCGGGGCAACCAUACGCCCCGAGGGAAAAAUUAUGCUCCCGGUGAAAACAGAGUUGGAGUUUGUUGUGGUCAAUCUACACUGCGUCCACAACGUUAUCUUGGGCCGACCAGCCAUUAUGAGGGUCGGCGGAAUCAUUUCGAUGCCGCAUUUGUGCAUGAAGUUCCCCACCCCGGCCGGGGUUGGAGUUGUACGCGGCGAUGUCCAGUUGGUAAGAAAAUGCUACACCCAGGCUGUCAAUCGGCGUGAUGCUGGUUCUUCCCGAGUGAACACUAUUGUUAAGGAAGCCACUGGAGAUCGAAAGGAGUAA